AUGAUAUUUGGCGCUGCUGCAAAGACUGGAUCAAGAUUGUUUACGAAAUAUGAUAUAACGAAUUCAUCAUUGAACAAAGAACGUUUAUCAUUUAGUGCGGCUGUAUUUAUGUCGCUUGUUGGACUAGGAGUAUCGGUCUUUAGCACCAAUCAAUUAUUGAUCGCCUCGUCAUCCACACGAUCCAUCUUAAACAAACCCCAGUGA